UUACAGUCAACCCUGGGAGAGGAGAGGAGGGUGGAAGGAGGGGUGGUUGCCCGAGGAGGCCGGCCGGCUCUCUCCAGUUCCAGCUCAGCCGAGUUGUGGGAGGCUCAGGAACCCGCUCCCAGCCCGCCACCUCGCCAUGGCCGCGGAAGUAGACAGUAGGCCCAGGGGUCUCCCCGGCGGAGGCGCGAGCUUGGGUGCCGCCGGAGAACACAUGCAGGCGGUCACCCGAAACUACAUCACCCACCCCCGCAUCACCUACAGGACUGUGUGCAGCGUCAAUGGGCCCCUGGUGGUGCUGGACCAGGUCAAGUUUGCCCAGUAUGCUGAGAUUGUCAACUUCACCCUCCCCAACGGGACUCAGCGGAGUGGGCAAGUGCUCGAGGUGUCUGGAACCAAGGCAAUUGUGCAGGUGUUUGAAGGGACCUCUGGGAUUGAUGCCCAGAAGACCACCUGCGAAUUCACGGGGGACAUCCUACGGACCCCAGUGUCAGAGGACAUGCUGGGUCGGGUUUUCAACGGCUCAGGCAAACCCAUUGACAAGGGGCCAGUGGUCAUGGCAGAGGACUUCCUGGAUAUCAACGGCCAGCCUAUCAACCCCCACGACCGCAUCUACCCUGAGGAGAUGAUCGAGACAGGCAUCUCGCCCAUCGACGUCAUGAACAGCAUUGCCCGUGGUCAGAAGAUCCCCAUCUUCUCAGCAGCUGGGCUCCCCCACAAUGAGAUCGCCGCUCAGAUCUGCCGCCAGGCUGGGCUGGUGAAGAAGUCCAAGGCCGUGCUGGACUAUCAUGACGACAACUUUGCCAUCGUCUUUGCAGCCAUGGGGGUGAACAUGGAGACAGCCAGGUUCUUCAAGUCUGACUUCGAGCAGAACGGCACCAUGGGCAACGUCUGCCUCUUUCUGAACUUGGCCAACGACCCCACGAUCGAGCGGAUCAUCACCCCACGCCUGGCACUGACCACAGCAGAGUUCCUCGCCUACCAGUGUGAGAAGCACGUGCUGGUCAUACUGACGGACAUGAGUUCCUAUGCGGAGGCCUUGCGGGAGGUCUCAGCUGCCAGAGAGGAGGUGCCCGGGCGCCGAGGCUUCCCUGGGUACAUGUACACUGACUUGGCCACCAUCUACGAGCGGGCGGGCCGCGUGGAGGGCCGGGGCGGAUCCAUCACUCAGAUCCCCAUCCUCACCAUGCCCAAUGACGAUAUCACCCACCCAAUCCCAGACCUGACGGGCUUCAUCACAGAGGGACAGAUCUACGUGGACAGACAGCUUCAUAACAGACAGAUCUACCCCCCCAUCAACGUCCUCCCUUCCCUGUCGCGGCUGAUGAAGUCCGCCAUUGGGGAGGGGAUGACCAGAAAGGACCAUGGAGAUGUCUCCAACCAGUUGUAUGCCUGCUACGCCAUCGGGAAGGAUGUGCAGGCCAUGAAGGCAGUGGUGGGAGAGGAGGCGCUCACUUCCGAGGAUCUGCUCUACCUGGAAUUCCUGCAGAAGUUUGAGAAGAAGUUCAUCAACCAGGGUCCCUACGAGAAACGCUCGGUGUUCGAGUCUUUGGACCUGGGCUGGAAGCUGCUGCGCACCUUCCCCAAGGAAAUGCUGAAGCGCAUCCCGCAGAACAUCAUCGAUGAAUUCUUUUCCCGCGAGGGGGCGCCGCAGGACUCCGAAGCCGACACUGCGCUGUAGCCCCGCCCGCAAGCUGGCCCCGGAGCAGGGUCCAGGGACCGCCUUCGUCCAACCCAUCCUCACGGUCCACACACUUUAACCAACUCCGUGCUCACCCUCAGCCCGCCAUGGGCUAUGAGGAGAGAGGAGGCCGCUUCUACAUUCCAGUCCUUUCCCUGGAUUCCCCGAAUUGAGAACCCGAAGGUGGUUAAGCCUGUAUUCUCUGUCUUGUUCUGAUAGGAGCAUUUGUAUUUUAAAAGUAGGCCCCAUCCGUUUAGAAUUUAUCUCAUGUAAAAACAAGAUUGGUAAAACAUUGAUGAUUGUUGGAGCUGAGGGUGAUGGAUUCGUGAGGUUCACUAAACUAUUCUCUCUACCUUAAAAAGAAAAAAUACAUUAGUGUCUUAACCAAUAACAACAUAAUUCUUCUUAGGGAAAUAUUUAUCUUCCUUGUAAAGUAUCUUGAUAGGUAUCUUAGGAAUGUGAGGUCAUGGGCCAUAGAAAGCACAGUCUCAAGACCACAAAAGAUGUCUGCCUAGGAUAUGCCAGAAAGGAAUUUGGUUUGCUCUAGGGGAGUUGCUGGGGAGAUAGCCUGAAGUGCCCCCAGUUAAAAACCAGGAUACUGAUGUUCCUUGGAAAACUGCCCACUCUUCUGUAAUGCCCUCCCUUCCUGCCUCCUCUGUCCCAUCUACGGUGAAGUCAUGAAUGCUUCCUAAAAGGCAGGGAAGGCUGGGAAGGUAGAUCUUCAGCAAAAGGCUGUGUCCCGUUUCUGGGUCAGUGUGUUAUGGAACCAGGCUGGAAUUCUUGGAUCAAGAGCUGACACCAGGGACUUCCUGGCAGUCCAGUGCUUAGGACUUUGGCUUCCAAUGCAGGG